CCAUUGUACUGCCCUCACUGAAUGCUUAACAUACAAUACGGAGGUAAUAAUGUGGGUGAAAUUUGGUAGAAGUGCCAAUCCAUACCGCGCCGAAGGUGACAAACGGGAGAUAACUCAGCUGCCAAUUUUGCUGUGCGUUAUUUAUUUUGAGCUAUUUCCCUUGUCAAUUGCGUGGCCGUUCAAGAUGGCAGCCAGUAAAACAUCGAAGGCUGCGGUGGAGCAGGAUGCUGACCUGGAGGCUAACACCUUGUUUGAGAAACACACAAUAGAGGAGAUCAGAACCCUGGAGAAGAAAGCAAGAACAGAUAUUGAGAGGAAGAAAGAAGAUUUGAGGGUCAUGGUCGGUGAGAGAUACCGUGACUUGAUUGCUGCUGCUGACACUAUCACAGAGAUGAAGAAAAUCUCCAGCAAUGUGAUGACAUCAAUCAGUAACAUGGAGCAACUUUGUAUGAACCUGAAACAGAACUACAUGGUGAAGGGCAUAGCUGUGCCGCAGAGGUCUAAACCUGAGCUACGCAAAAGGAAACAAGAAGAAACACAAUUCUAUGGAAUUGCAUCACAAAUCAAGCUUCUGCUUGAUAUGCCAGAAAAGCUGUGGAGUGCAGCAGACUCCUGUGAUCACCUGACAGCCACUCGUCUGUACCUGCUAUCCCGUCACAUCAACACCAGCCUUCACCUGGACUCCCAUCAGUCCUCCACCAUCUUGUCAUGGUUUCCUGUACUCAGCAGACAGUGGGCCGCUAUCAGCCACUUCAAGAGUACUAUACUCCAGGGUUGCAGACAACUCCUUAAACAAGCCCAUUCAUCUGACAAGAUGAUAGCAGAAGCGCUGUGUUCCAUCAUGCUCCUGGAGGAUAGCACACCUAGACAGGUGUUUAAUGAGUUCCUGCUGGCGAGGACGACAGCAGUGCAACAGAUCUUUGCCCAGCACAAUGCCAGCGUCAAGGAGCAGCUGUGCACAGUUGUACAGUUGGUGUCCACCACAGUCAACCAGAUACAUGCAGUGUUCUACUCAACGCAGAACAACACAGAGGAUAACAAAGUCAACUCUGACCUUCUCCUUAUGACCUUGGAAGAGGUCACCAGUAAAUCUACUGAAGACUCUGGACUCCUGGAUCUUCACAGCUCAAUCUCAACCAAAUACCUGCCUAAGACUGUCACAGACUUUCACCCAACAUUGAGAGCACCUGCUACCCCAGUGGCUGUACAACAUCUACACGAGAACUGUGAGCAGUGGGUCAACACGUGUGUAAAUGAUGUGAAGUCUGGAGUUGGGAAGCUGCUUAACUUUGUGAACUCUGUGAAGAGACUGGCUGACAUCAGGGAUGCUGUGUGGCAGAUACAAGGCCAGGAGAGCCUUUCUUCGUGGGACCUGGUUUGCCAGCGAGUCCUCCGGAGACCUCUGUCAGUCUGGGAACUCUUCAUCCGGCCACUUUUCCUUGACAGGAUUAAGGCUUUAGUCCAGUACCAGUGUGACACUACACUAGAGCUGACCAAGAGGCAGAUGGCUAGGUUUGUCAUGGAGACAGCAGAUGAGGACAAUAGGUUAAUGCAGCAGGAGCGUGAUGUGUCUAUGUAUGUUUGGCGCGAGAUGACAGGUGACAUCCCCACAAACAGCGCCUGGGUGCCGGCCGGCAGUAAGACACUGGCUGACGGAGGGGGGCUGAUGAUGAAAGCUAAAGCCUUUACUCCUGUUGUACAGAGUCUGUGUAAAGGUUUUGAUGAGAAACUGAAGCAGAUGCUGGAGGAUGACCAGCAUUACUUACAGGCAGACGAACAGAUUGACACAAAUAAAGGCCCUUUUGACAGGUUCUCUGACGACGCCCAGAUAUUAUCACAUGUCCAGAGCUCUGUGGAAGGCUGUAUUAACCAACUUGUUACCUAUGUGAGGCAGCAGUUGAACUUGUGGGGGUCGGCCCUUCAACAGGUGCAGGUGGCAGAUAUACAACGGGUUACCUGUAAUAAAGUACUGUUGGUGGGCCGUUUCUGUGUUGCAUUGUCUGAGCUGACACCUCACUUUAAGAAGUGUGUCCUGGGGCCCAGUAUGAGAGAAACACAAAGAGCGCUGAAGAAACCUGUGUUCACUCGGUCCAGCUCUAAAACACCUGAUGACCCCUCAUGGUCAAAGGUGAAGGCCUUGCUCUCUGAUGUGAGUUUGGAUGCCUACAGGAUCUGGACUGGCACUACCGCCGCUAGCCUCCUCAAGCAGUUCUCUGAGGCCCUUAACAGUGAGAAUGGCAGGGAUGUCCUCAUUGCUUGUACUAGAUGGGAAGAGGUGGAAAUCCAGGAGGAGACUGAGGAUGGCACAUCUGUAAAGUCAACCAUCAGAGUGCCCAUGCAGGCAUCCUGGCAUCUUCAAAGUCUGCUUUGCGCCCUGUGUCAGGAGAUCAAUAGGGUCGGAGGUCAUGCCAUUAGCAGAUCUAUUCUUCAAGAUAUAGUAAACCAGAUUUCAGAUGGAAUCAUUGGCUGUUAUGAAAGGUUGCUACCAGAUGGGAAAUCAGGAAAAUUUGGAGAGACUUACCUCCCCUUCACACAACAGAGGGCAUUGCAAGCUUUGUUUGAUGUGCGGUUCUUACUACAGAUCAUACCACGGAAAGAUGACGAUAAGGAAAGUAAGACUUACCAGAAGAGAGCUAAAGCUGUUAUCAGCAGCCUAGAGGAGUUGGUGGACCCCUUUGACCUGGAUGUCUUCUCACCAUUCAUACAACACCACCUCUCAAAACAGGCACACAGAUCAGCAGUGUUGCUGGGUGCGUUAACAAGCAUGGACAAACACGGAACAUUGACGUCCUCCAAACAGCCAAUUGGCAGUCGCCAGGAACAGCACAACAUUCUGCCUCUGACCCUCAGCUCUAGCCGCUUCCCUCUGCUGCCACUCAGCUCACAGACGCCCCGAUCCACAUUCGGCCAGCCAAUUCUGCCCCACACCACCUCAAAGAUCUCGAAAGACAUGGGCUCGUCAUUGACUGCUGUUGCCGCAGCAACCUUACCUCAGCAACCACAAGAUUCCAACUCAUUUUACAACAAGCUUGGGAGCAUGGGGCAAAUCUGGUUUUCAAACAUUGGAAGCAAAAGUUAAACCUAUUCACUAAUGCACAUCUGGAUUUAAACUAACGGGAACAAAACUCACUACAGCAGUGGUAAAGGUAUCAUGAUGUAGGCUCCUAUUAGUAACAAACUAGUAUAUUGUGGGAUAACGUCAAAACUUAGUAAAAACAUUAUCCACAAGUAAUACUGUCUAUGAGUGGUAUAUUGAAUGGAACAUAUUUACAUAUACUUAUUUCAAUAUACUUAAAUGUUAUUCAUUCAUUGUGACACCUGUUCUAGAGCUCUAUUCAUGUCUAAAUUUUAAAACAGUUACAGUUCAUUUUCUGUAUGAUAAAGGCAGAUAAAAGUAUUUGAAUAUCACAGAUCGGGCAUACAAAGAGUGGCACUAAUAUUAGACAUUUAAUAUGGUGUUUUAUUCUCAUGGAAACCUGCCUGAUGGUGGUGGGCUUCCCCUGGGUUCUGCCUGGUUUCCCCCAUCCAUAAUACUGUCUGCUGUUGUAGAAGUGAAAUAUUCUUGAGUACCGCAUAAAACACCAAUCAAAUGAAUAAAUAAAUACUCGUGUGGUACUGACAGUGUUUUGAAUCCCCCUCUAAUUCAUUUCAAGGAAACUUAACCAACCCAAGGAGCUGCAUCCUGCCAGACUGGGGAAGAGAUAACCAAGUGAUCAUGACUGACCUAACACUGUUUAUAUAAAUAUGUGUGAAUCUUGGCCAUAAUGCAGGCCUAAUAUAAUAUAUACCCUUAUGUCUUCAUAUACAUAUGUAUAUAUGUAUAUUGGGCUCUUCAGAGAUGAUUUAAUUUUAGCCCAACAGAUUAGAUAUGUAUUUAUACUCGCACUUUGUAUGUACAGCCUCUGUGGGAUUUAGGUAUCAAAUGCCUUAUGUAGUAAACUGUAGAGGGUGUGUGUAUGUGUAGGUAAGUGCUGACCACAGAGGGACAUGUGUUCUGUUGUACAUCUUGGGGCAUGUACAUACUUAUAUAUGGUACAAUUCAGGAACAAGGCUUCAUUUAUUUUUGUACAGAAGAAAUGUAUCAAAGCUAACAUUUGCCCGCCAGGAUCUAACACCUGUGCAACAGGUCCUGAUUAAACAUCCAGCUUUUGA